AUGCCUCCUCGUUUUCGCAUUUGCCCCAUUUGUCAGCAGGGAUUCGGCACAGCCUCUCUCCCGAUACACAUACCGCAGUGCUACGAAAAAGCAAUGAAACGCUGGCAUCUCAAUCCUGUUGGACCGAUGCCAAUCAUGCCCUCCUUACAACUGACGCUGCCCGGGGGCGGGAAAAAUAGCAUUGGUGGUUCAGCGCGUGGUGCUGGUGUGAUCGGUGCAAGGUCCUUGCUGAAACAGGAGUCCUUUGCAGGUGUUCCUGAAUACUCUGAAGAGAAUACGAACUUGCAUCCGUGUUCACGUUGCGGAAGAAAGUUUUUAUUUGAUCGCAUUGCCUACCAUGAGAGUGUAUGCAAGGGAAACACAAAACGUAAGGUAUUUGACAGCGGCAAACAACGCGCUAUUUUUGACGAAGAUGGUGGGUUUUGUAGUGGAUCUCGGCAUUCAUACAAGAAAAAAGGUAAGCGUGCAAAAUCCAUGUUAGGUGAUUUCCCGGCGGCUGGUGGUAUUCCAAAAACACACUGGCGUGAACAGCAUCGUGAGUUUAUUGAAGCAAUACGUGCAGCACGUAAUUCAACGAGUGCUAGCCGAGCAAUGUGGGGGGAACCUGUCGCAACGGCAUCACGUGCCAGGGUAGACAACCGCCAACGUGCACUCCCUUCUGUCCUGAGGCACCAAAAGGGAAUGCAGAUGCGUCAGCAACGAACACAGCAAACGAUUGAGCCUUUUACUUCUAGGCAGUCACUGGCUGGUCGAAGAGCACCGCCUAGACGAAAUUAUGGAAGUGCCUUUGGCGGAGGAGGAGAACGUUUUACGGGGGGUGGCGGCCUGGGUGGGGGAGGCGCCGGAAGAAUACUCAACGAUAAUACAACCAGUUUGGGAAUGCUCCAAGCGUUUGGCCGAGCUUAG